CCUCCCCCAAUCCCGUCUCUGAAAAUCGUCUAUAAUGACCUCCUCCAGCUACCACGAGCACCAUUAAACUCGCCACCAACCUCCUUUCUCCUCUCUAAUUCUUUCAUGUCUUCCUUUUCCGACCAAGCUCCUGCUCCCCGGACUGGCGGACUCGCAGCUCGAAUCGCAGAAAGAGUGGGCUCCGGCGUACCAAAAUUCAAGUCAAUCCCUCCACCUUCACUACCCAUCUCCCCUCCGGCGGUAUCACCUUCUUCCUACUUCGCUAUUCCCGCUGGUUUAAGCCCGGCUGAUCUUUUGGACUCCCCUGUUCUUCUCUCGUCUUCCCACAUUCUACCAUCUCCGACCACCGGUUCCUUCCCAUUUCAAGCUUUCAAUUGGAAGAAUCUCAGCAGCAACAACCAGAACCACGAACAGAGCAUAAAAAAGGAGCAAAAAAGCUUCACAGAUUUCUCUUUUCAACAACAAUCAAAUCAUCUUACUGAGCAACUAUGGAAUCAUCAGAAAUCCAGGGAACAAGAUGAAAAAGCUUUUGUGCAAUCAGAACACGCAUCACAGUUCCAGAGUUUCUCCCCUGAAAUUUCCACGAUUCAAACCGAUUCAAAUUCGCAGACGCAGGGUUUUCAAUCGGGUUAUGCAGCCAGCAACAGCAAUUUCAACAAUCAAUCAUCGCAGAAAAAAUCAGAUGAUGGGUAUAAUUGGAGAAAAUACGGGCAAAAGCAGGUGAAAGGAAGUGAAAAUCCUAGAAGCUAUUACAAGUGCACGUAUCCAAACUGUUCGAUGAAGAAGAAACUGGAAACGAAUUUAGAUGGACAGAUUACAGAGAUAGUGUAUAAGGGUAACCAUAAUCAUCCAAAACCUCAAUCUACUCGAAGAUCAUCGUCAUCGUCAUCAGCUUCAAAUCAUUUACAGAUGACUCAAGUAUCUAGUAACCAUGAACUACUUGAUUACCCUGAUCAAUCUUAUGGUUCUCACGGAUCUGGGCAGUUCGAUUCCGUAGCCACGCCGGAGAAUUCGUCAGUUUCUGAUGACCUUGAUCGGAGUAGCUGUCAGAGGAGUAGGUCAGGUGGGGACGAGUUCGAUGAAGACGAGCCUGAUGCCAAAAGAUGGAGGGCGUCGGAAAAUGAAGGGAUAUCAACGAUCGGAGGAACUAGAACUGUAAGAGAACCGAGGGUUGUGGUUCAAACAACAAGCGAUAUUGAUAUUCUUGAUGAUGGGUAUAGAUGGAGAAAAUACGGCCAAAAAGUAGUCAAAGGAAACCCUAAUCCUAGGAGUUACUAUAAAUGUACGAGUUCCGGUUGUUCUGUUAGAAAACACGUUGAAAGAGCGUCCCAAGACUUGAGGUCAGUGAUAACAACCUACGAGGGAAAGCACAACCACGAUGUCCCAAUGGCUCGAGGGUCUGGUCAUCGGUUGCCAUCUGGCACACUCGGCAACAACAUUCCCACCACCGCAAUUAAGCCUGUUGCACUCUCCCAUUACCAAUCUAACAACUCUAUUUCGGAUUCAGCCCGUGGAUUCAGUUUCCUUUCAUCAGCAGAUAAUCAAACAAUGUUUACGUCAGAGAUGUUGCAGAAUAAUGAAAGUUUCAAGUUCUCGAGAUUUGAGAAUGCUCUGAACUCGAACUACAUUGAUCAAAAACGUGAUUCCGAAAGAGCAUUUUCAGAAGCCAAGGAGGAACCUCGAGAUGAUAUGUUUUUCGAGUCCUUAUUAUGCUAAGGACAUUUUCAGAAGGGCUUAAAUAAUGACACUUAUCUAUACUUCAAAGACUUAGAGAUAGAUUACAUACACAAGAAAGAAAGAUUCUUUUGUUGUUUUAUUGCCAUUUUGUUUGUUGUGUGUAUAUUUUUGGUAAAAAAAUCCUAUAGGAGC